GAAGCACUUUCAGUUUAUGAGAGAAUGGCAAGAACGCUGACAGUCUUGAAGCCUCCAACACCAUUCUCCACUGCUAAGAGCAUGAUACGGCUGAUCCAGUCUCUCACGCUUGUCUCCUUCCUUGGCCCAGGGAACUCAGUUUCAGAAGCCAGCUCAACCCCACUGGCUGUGAACGGGGUCCUGCGGGAGUCUGUAACUCUCCCCUCAAAGUUUCCUGUGAAAGAGAAUAUCUCGUCCAUCACCUGGCUUCACAAGGGAAACUCUGUCAUCUUCAUAUGGCCAAAAGAAGCAAAAAUACAGGUGACUGAUCCAACACGGAAAGAUCGACUGAAUAUCAUCGAGUCCUACUCCUUGCAGCUCAACAAUCUGACAAUGGCAGACGCGGGACAUUACCGUGCCCAGAUAACCACAUCAACCUCCUCUCUGUACACCGAUUAUAACCUGCAGAUCUUCAGACGACUGCGCAACUUACAAGUUGCCCAUCACACCAAACUGUCUGAAAAUAGUACCUGUGAGAUCCAGCUGGCCUGCUCUGUGGAGAAUCCAAAUGAUAACGUCUCGUUCAGGUGGGAGGUAGCAGGAAAUCCAUUUCAUAGUGAAGCAAAUCUUUCUGUAUCCUGGAACCCCAACAGCCUCAGUGAAGUGACCUACACCUGCAUAGCUGAGAAUCCUGUCAGCAAUUUAUCCUCCUCUGUCUCUGACAAGAGUGUCUGUAAAGGUGUUAUUAAUGGGAAAAAUGAAUACCUGGAUAUCAGAUGGAUUAUCAUUGUGGUUGUUUUGACAUGUUUCUUUCAAUUCUCUACUCAGCAAACCCAGUGUCCUGCAGAAACUGUGAGUAACUUAGAGUACGCUUCCUUCUCUUCAGGGAACACUGUGUAUGUUCAGGUCACCCAUUCAAACAGGGAAGCAGAAAUCUCAAAACUUGUGAAAAACAAUGACUCCAACACAAUUUAUUCUGAAGUUCAUCAUCCCCAAGAGAGAAAGCCCAUUUAUUCCAGGACAACUGCCCAUAACAACGUCAUGUAAGUUUCUGAAAGACUUCAAAGGAAUUUCAGAAUUACAUAUCUGCUCCUGAUCCCACGAGAAAGAACAGAGCUUGGCUUCUGACUGACCACAUAAUUUGAAUAUCUAGGAUUAUCAGACUUGAAUCUGCUUACCCAGGUCAAACAUUUAAGGAAUAACAUCAUUUCCAGAAUAUGACCCAAAUAACCUUUUCUAAUCUGCUCCAGGCCAAAAUAUACAUCAGAUAAUAUGCCUGCAAAAAUUCUCAACAAGAUACUACCAAUCUGAAUUCAACAAUACACUGAAAGGAUCAUACACCAUGAUCAAGUGGGAUUUAUCCCAGGAAUGCAAGGAUUUUCAAUAUCUGCACAUCAGUCAGUGUGAUACACUACAUCAACAAAUUGAAGGAUAAAAAUUAUAUGAUCAUCUCAAUAGAAGUAGAAUAAGCUUUUGGCAAAAUUCAACACCCUUUUAUGAUUUUUAAAAAAACUCUUGGGGAGGGUGGUGGGAGGGGGUUUCAGUAUGGGGAACACAUGUACACCCAUGGCUGAUUCAUGUUAAUGUAUGGCAAAAACCACUACAAUAUUGUAACAUAAUUAGCCUCCAAUUAAAAUAAAUAAAUUUUUAAAAAUAAAUAAAAUUGAAAAAAAAAAACUCUCCAUAAAGUGGUCAUAGAGGGAAACUACCCUAACAUAAUAAAGGCUAUAUAUGACAAGCCUUGGAGAAGGAAAUGGCAACCCACUCCAGUAUUCUUGCCUAGAGAAUCCUGUGGACAGAGGAGCCUGGUGGACUGCUGUCCAUGGGGUCGCACAGAGUUGGACACAACUGAAGUGACUUACCAUGUGACAAACCUGCAACUAACAUCAUACUCAACAGUCAAGCUGAAAGCAUUUCUUCUAAGAUCAGGAAUAAGACAAGGAUGUCCACUCUCGACACUUUUAUUCAAAAUAGCCUCCAACUAAUAAAAACCAACGGGGAAAAAAAAAUAGUUUUGGAAGAACUAGCCAUGGCAAUCAGAGAAGAAAAGAAAAGAAAAGGAAUCCAAAUUGGAAAAGUAAAAUUAUCACUGUUUGCAGAUGACAUGAUACUACACAUAGAAUAUUCUAAAGAUGCAACCAGAAAACUACUAGAGCUCAUCAAUGAAUUUGGUAAAGUUGCAAGAUACAAUAUUAAUGCAGAGAAAUCAACAACAAAAGAUCAGAAAAAAAAUUCAAGAAAUAAUCCCAUCUACCACAGCAUCAAAAAGAAUAAAAUACUUAGGAACAAACCUACCUAUGGAAACAAAAACCUGUACUUCAAAACUAUAAUACACUGAUGAAAGAAACCAAAGACCACACAGGCAGAUGGAAACAUAUACUGUGUUCUUGGAUUGGAUGAAUCAACAUUGUCAAAAUGACUAUAUUACCCAGGGCAAUCUACAGAUUCAAUGAAAUCUCUGCCAAAUUACCAAUGGCAUUUUUCACAGAACUAGAACAAAAAAUCUUAAAAUUUGUAUGAAGACACAAAAGACCCGGAAUAGCCAAAGAAAUCUGCAAGCAAUAAAUACUGGAGAGGAUGUGGAGAAAAGGGAACCCUCCUACACUAUUGGUGGGAAUAUAAAUUCAUACAGCCACAAUGGAGUAAGCAGUUUCCUUUAAAAAACUAAAAAUAGAGCUACCAUGAGAUUCAGCAAUUCCACUAUUGGGCAUAUAUCUGAAGAAAAACAUGGUUCAAAAGAAUAUAUGCACUCCAACAUUUAUUGCAGCAUGAUUUACAAUAGCCAAGACACAGAAGCAACCUAAGUGUAUGUCAAUAGAAGAAUAGAUAAUGAAGGUGUGGUACACUUAUACAAUGGAAUAUUACUCAGCCAUCAAAAAGAAUGAAAUAAUGCCAUUUGCAGCAACAUGGGUGGACCUGGAGAUUCUUAUACUAAGUGAUAUGCAGAUCUUUUUAAAAAAUGAUAGAAAUGAACUUAUUUACAAAGCAGAAACAGAUUCACAGACUUAAAGAAUGAACUUACGGUUACCGGGGGAAAGGGUUAAAAAAAAACAAGUCUAGUUAUUGACUUUCUCUUAGGUAACUAAGCAAAUGGACUCAUGGUUGGCAGAGAGAUUAUAAUUCAGAAGACAACCAGUUCUCUCCUUUUAGAAAGCAGCAGGACUGUGACUCACUGGGAGGGAACACAGUGUGCUGGUUAUGUGUAUUUUCUCUGGAGCUGACCCCAUGCUCUUAUCAUAAUACAUCAUUUACUAGAUGUACCUCCUGGAACUUGUUACCUAACCUCUUCCAGCUCUGGCCUCCUACACUGAAAAAGGAAGCUAGCUGUGGAUCAGGCCUGUUAUACAAACGAAGACCCUAAGUUAUCACUGGCUUCAAUCCACGGGGUCGCAAAGGGUCGAAGACAACUGAGCAACUGAACUGAACUGAACUCAGCUUCUCUAUAACCAGGCCCUUCGGACUCAACCUCCAAUGAGUGGACCUCUCCACUUUUCUCCAAAUCUGCAACCACCAUCCGACGUACAACCAUCACCCUCUCAACCUGAAUGCUGCAAUAAACUCAGAGCAAUUCUCCCCAAUAUCUGCUCUUGGCUCCCUCCAAUCCAUUCUCUAUGACAUAGCCCAAGUAUUGUUUUUAACAUUAAUCAGAUCCUUCACUUGUCUGCCUAAAAUCCUUCAAGACUUGCUAAUGCACUCAGGAUAAAAGUUGAGUAUACAUGGCUUUAGACAGUCUGGUCCAUCCCACCCUCAACUAGCAUCAUUCUUCCUCCACUAUCUUUAUUUAGCCUGAGAUCUUCUUUUAGCUCCCUUAUUAGAGGAAAGAAUGAUCUAUGUUAAUAGAGUUAUUUACUUCUGCCUCAAGGCCUUUCCUCUGUGUGCCUGGGUCCUCCUUAUUUUUAGGUGUCAGUUUACCUAUGUCACAUUCCAAGAGAGACCUUCCCGUGCCCUUCUAUCUGAAAUACAUCCCCCUAUUAUUCUAUCACACCUUCUAUGUCAUUUAUUAUGUGUCAUUAAAUAUUUAUUUUCAUUC